GUCAUUUGGUGGUCAUUCAUUAUAUUUUCUUUAUCUCAUUGAGUAUUGAGGACUUUUGCGAUUUUCUUUAUCUUUAGAAAGCAACUUAUCGCAUACACUAGAACGUAUUAAUGUCGGCGCCACGCCUCUAUAAAUGAUUAGUAUAAUAUCAACGUAAACGUCGGCAGUUGAUAACCACCACUUACUUGAUAAACAAGUUCCUUGGCGAAUUUAAUCUUUAAAAACAUAAUUAAAAAUAUACUUUGCAUUACACGCGCCGCACGAGUAAUUUAGCCAAUUUCGUUGUAAUCAGUGAACAAUAUUGUGUGAACAAUAUAGUGUAAGCUUAACUUUUAUUUAAGUGAACUAUUUGUAACUAAAGUUUUGCAAUGUCAGUGCUAAAUAAAAUCAGUGUUUCUAUAAGUAAAGGAUUGAGGCGUCUCCGGAAAUCAAAACAUCUAAAUGGGGCCAUUCGCAGCGCGAGCACGGAGCAGCCUAAGCUGCAUAUGGACAAAUGCCUCAUAGUGUCUAAGGUCACCCGCUACGAAUAUGAGAAACACAGUCUCGACAACAUAUCCGACGCUGAAUUGGAAGCUGUUCUUCGAAAGCGAGGGUCAGACUUCGACGCCAUGCUGCAGAACCAUAGAGAACAGAAGGCUUUCGAGCAGAGUGUGGCGAGGAGUCUGGGGGAGAUGGGCCGAAAAGUAGAAAUGGCUAGCAGAUUAACGUACAACGAGGAUCUGAUAAAGUGGUGCGACGUUGUCGUGCCGUGCGGCGGGGACGGCACGUUCCUUCUAGCAGCUUCUAGAGUAAGGGAUGCUAAUAAGCCAGUGAUAGGGUUCAACAGCGCGCCGCACAAGUCCGUCGGCCGCCUCUGCCUGCCGACCUGGUGCUCGAAUGAUGUCAAAGGUGCGCUCCACGCUUUGAAGGAGGGUCGGUUCAGAUGGAUGCGGCGAUCGCGGAUACGAACGACUGUCACCUGCGAGGCCAAAUUAUUGGACACCAUCACACCAGUUGAUCUACAUACGCUACACUAUAGCAGAUAUUCAGCAGUGUCCCAGGCCCUGGACAAUCCGGACAACCCUCUAUCAUCAGCGCCCCACCGGGAGCAGUUCACUACAGAGCAGAGGAAUUCGGUGCUGCAUACUAAAGUGCUACCCUUUUUGGCCCUCAAUGAGGUAUUCAUAGGCGAGAGCGUGACGUCACGAGUGUCGGUGCUCCGCCUGCAGAUAGACAAGGGCGCGUGGACGCACACGAAGAGCUCGGGGCUCUGUGUGAGCACGGGCACCGGCAGCACGUCGUGGCAUUACAGUAUAAACUGCCUCCGCACCCACUCUGUCCUGGAGCUGAUGAAGAUACUCUCCAGGGAAGGCAUAGCCGUUGACACCACGUUGGAGAAAGCGAGGGAGGUCGCGGAGAAAUACAAUCAGAAACUCAUGUUUGCGGCCGACUGCGACAAGCUAGCCUACUCCGUCCGAGAAUACAUCACGUUCGAGGAUUGGCCGGUGCCAAGAGGCCUGCGGGUCCGCGACCGCGCCGACACCGUACGGGUGAAGUCGCACUGCGUUGAUGCUGGUCUGGUGAUCGACGGGAGCGUCUCGUUUCCCUUCAACGACGGCACGGAAGCCCUACUCGAGAUACACCCCGAGGACGCGCUCAUGACUGUACAUAUGGACGAUUCGUUGCCAUAUUGAUGUUCAAGGUACCCUGUAUGGAGCUUAAAUAAAAGACUACAAUAGGGAGUAUUACUGCAAUGUUCCGCCGCCAGAGUGCAGCACUAAUUUGUUUACUAAACCAU